AUGGCUCUCACAACAGUACCAACUCCGUCCGGUCUUUUCGAACAGCGACAAUCGCCAAAUGCUGGCAUUGGAGUCUUCGCCAUUGCCGCCAUCCCCUCGGGCACUCGUAUCCUCUGCGAAGCCCCGCUCUUUGCGCUUCCUGACGACGACGAUGUCAUAGAAUGUUACCUCACAAUCAAGGAGCUGCCCUUGGAUCAGCAAUCUCUCUUCUGGUCACUCGCUGCAUCCUCGAGUCCCCCUGGGGAUACCGAUUGGAUCGGCGAAUUACGAGAUGCCUGUGAUGGUGACGCAUUCGACCAUCUUGUCAAGAAGUACGAAGAUGCGUACUCGAGAUUCGAGACAAAUCGCUUUACUUUGCGCUAUUCUGAUGGAUCACCUAACAAACUCGGUGUCUUCNCCAACCGUAAGCCAAUUCCCGCGCAUCUCACACCAAACGGCCAUACUGACAAAAGACAGGCCGCAAGGUUCAAUCAUUCCUGUUCGCCCAACGUCUACCAUCGCUACAACCCGAACAUAGACCGCCUCACCAUACACGCUCUCCGCGACAUUCUCCCUAGUGAAGAGAUAUGCACUGCCUACAUCGACAUCUGCCAUAACACAGCAGAGAGACGUCGCACCCUGCGUCACUGGGGGUUCAAAUGCUGCUGCGAGGCUUGCGAGACACAAGAUCCAAUGCGUGAGGCCCGAAGAAGCAAGCUGGAAGAGCUCAUGACUAUCAUGCAAAGGAGGGAAAACAAAAGGUCUUUCGAGAACUGGGGUACCUGGGAUUACGCCGAGGCUCUUACAACCGUGGAAGAAAUCAUCUCUCUCAUGCUGGAGGAUGGCCUGGAGGAGACGGAUACACUGGGCGAAGCAUACGAGAAGGCCGCCGAGUACAACCUUGCCAUGGGCUGCAAGGAAGAUGCUGUCAAAUGGGCUGAGAAGGAUCUCGAGAUUGAACGCAAGUGCUGCGGCGAGGAUAGUGAUGAGUAUAUCAAAGCGUUGGCUUUGCUGGAAUCUGCAAGAGUAGCAUAA